AGUUUUGUUGCGAUCGAAAGUUACGUUUUUCCUUUUCUUUUCUUUUUUUUUGUUUUUCAUUUUUAUUCUUCAAAACUGACACCAUGUUUUCUUCUUGACGAUGCGUGAACGUUUAUUGUACGCAUUUUACGCUGCCGCCGACUUUUAUUUUAUCGCCAAAUUCGCGAAUUUGUUCGUAUAGUGCUGCUCAUUCAAAAGGGUACCUGCGACGAUUACGAGUACGAGUACGAGUACAUCGUACGAAUGAUACUGAUAAUUGGAAUAUCGCGGCUAAUCGAGCGGUCUGUCCAGCAUAACCAUCGGAAAUUUACAGCAUCAUCGUAUCAACGAAACACGACUCAAUGGUUAAGUGAACGUCAACUUGCAUCGUAACGUUCAACUCUAUAAUGUAGCCUGCCUGCGUACGCGUACCUAUAAUUUAUCUACUCGUAUUUACUCGUACGCGACACGCGAGUGCUUCAUCUACAGUCAAAAGUACCUCUAAGUAAGUUGUAAGUGUAGCUGUAGCUGUAGCUGUAGGUGUAGGUGUCGUACGUACUUUGGCUAUUGAAGAAAUUGACGCGUACGUUGGCGUUGGUUACAGCGUCGUUUAUGUCGCUCUUGUUUCGAAUCGAAAAUUUCAUUCUCUCUUUCUACUCGUACAAUUUGCUUUUGCUUCCGUUUCGUUUGUCCUCGGUGUAGUAAAUCAGCAGGCCGCGCCGCACUGUUAAGAAACUUGCAACGCGAAAAUGAAGAAAUGGCAUCGAAAUCUUCGCUAUCAAUUUCGUAUUGAGUAUCUUCAUCCAUCGUAGCGCUUCAACUGCAGCGCAGCAGCAAGUAACGGAGAAACCGUAUUCUCGUCUUUACGUAGGUACUUUAAUCACAACUACUCGUAUACCGCAACGUAGGGUGCCUGCGAAGACGACAAUGAAACAACAACAUCACCAUCAUCAUCACCAUCAUACCAGUAAUAGUAAUACGAACGGUAGCAGUUAUCACCAGCAUCACCAACAUCAUCAUAAUCAUAAUCAACACAAGUCGAGUACGAGUACGAGUAAAUCGUCCAUGUUAUUUCUAUACGCUGUCGUAACGGUGAUAUCGGUAUGCUGUUAUUUGAAUUCGUUGAACGGCGAUUUCGUUCACGACGACAUUCCCGCCAUCAGCCUGAAUCCGGACGUCAUCGGUACGACGUCGUUUUCGCAAAUGUGCAAAAAUGAUUUUUGGGGUACGCCGAUGAGCGAUGUCAACAGUCAUAAGUCUUACAGGCCGUUGACCGUAUUCACUUUUAGAUUCAAUAACUGGCUAUUCGGUCUGCAUCCGUUUUGGUUCCAUUUCGCCAACGUCGUGUUGCACGCCCUUUGCAGCGGUCUAUUCACAAGAAUCGCGUUCGUAAUCGCCGGACUACAAAUACAGUUUGCCGCCUUAGCCGGUGCCAUGUUUGCUUCUCAUCCCAUUCACACGGAAGCGGUGGCUGGCAUCGUCGGUAGAGCAGACGUACUAGCGUGUUUCUUCUUCAUCCUAUCUUUUCUCACCUAUCACGAUUACAAAUGGCGUUGUAAUCGUCGAAUUUUCAUAAGUUGCGCCUUCGCCGGGGCCAGUUUGUUGGCCAAAGAGACUGGCAUGACCGUAUUGAUAGUGAAUUUGUUGUACGACGCGUACAAUUCGUGGAGUAGUAUAAAAAGAGCCAUAACAGAAUGGAAAUGUAACGACGAAUCGAUUUUAUUUUGUAAAAGAGUCGCCAUAUUGAGUAUUGUGAUAAUAAUUUUAAUAACGUUACGGUUAGCGUUACUGCAAGGAAAUUUGCCAAAAUUUUCGAACCAAGAUAAUCCGGCAGCUCAUCAUCCGUUGCUUACAGUUCGUUUCCUAACCUAUAGCUAUUUGACGGCGUUCAAUUUCUGGCUACUCUUGUUCCCGUUUACGUUGAGUCACGACUGGCAAAUGGGUUCGAUACCUCUGAUAACUAAUUUGUUGGAUCAUCGAAACGCCUUCACGUGUCUGUUCUUGAUAUUCUGCUGUUGGACCGUGUACAGAAUAUUGGCUGAUUUCGAACACCCUCGCAGCGCUCCUAUUAUUGUGGGAUUUUUAUUUCUGGUGAUGCCGUUUCUUCCAGCUUCAAAUCUGCUAUUUACCGUCGGAUUUGUGGUCGCCGAACGUGUACUUUACAUACCGAGCAUGGGUAUGAUCUUACUGGUCGUGUACGGCGGUCAAAUUUUAUCGCACAAAGUUACCGUUGUUUUUCAAAAAAACUGGCCAAUCACCAUCAGCUUUACAAUACUGUUGGUUUUAUUCGUCUGCAAGACUAUGCACAGAAAUAUGGACUGGAAAAGCAGAGAAUCGCUCAUCAGAUCUGGCUUGCAAGUAGUGCCAAAUAAUGCAAAAAUGCAUUACAAUUGGGCGAAUUAUUUGCGAGAAAAGGGCCAAGAAGAGUUAUCUAUUCGACAUUACGAAGAAGCACUGAGGUUAUGGCCAACGUACGCGAGCGCCUACAACAACCUGGGAACAUUGAUGAAAUCACCUAUACAAGCGGAAUCGCAUUUUUUAUCCGCCAUCAAGUACUCGCCGAAUCACGUGAACGCUCACUAUAAUCUUGGCCAGGUGUACAGAAAAAUGAACCAAACCGAAAUGGCCAUAAUAAUGUUGAAAAAGUGUUUACAAUUGAAUGCGAAUUAUAUCAGCGCGUAUAUAUUACUGGCCAAACUGUACGACGGAAACACGGCUGGAAAUCUUUUGAAAUACGUCGUAAAACUGCAUCCUACGAAUGCGAAUUACUUCGCGUACUACGCGCACUGGUUACACCAACAUCAUCGGCUGCACGAAGCGGUUUUCUAUUAUAAGAAAGCGUUGAACGUUUGCGCGACUCAUGAAAAUUCAGUGACCGGCUUGGCUCACGUGUUCAGAGACAUGGGAUAUUUGUGGCGACUGAGGCAGCUAUUCGACAGACUGAAAAUGAGUCGCGAAACACGAGACGAAAGUAGUCGGCGCAAUAACGGCGACGGCGACGGCGACGGAGCUUUAAUUGGCGACGAUACGCGGUUACGUUUGGCAACUUGGGACAGAUACAAGCAGGGCCAGGAAACUAUGUUUUCGAAAACCUACGAUCGCGAUCGCGAUCGUCGUAACGCCAAUAUUUUUAGUUGCAACACCGUCGAACUGAGGCCAGUUUUUUUGCCCAACGAAAACGACGAAAUGAAAACGUCCGCCAUGUCUACGUCGCCGGAUGAUUUACCUUCGUCAUUCGACGUGGCCGCGGACAACGGGUACAUUAAUUCGGGUUAGGCCUGCUGGCCUCCUGGCCUACGCCUAAGAAUUGACGAGAUUUGUGACAAUGUUACGCUUAAAUUUAUUUUGUACGAACCGGCUGUUGUUCCUUUCGUUUUUUUCUCCACUACCUGUACCUAUUACCGAUUACGAGUAUUCCUUCCGAUUUUCCUCGGCCCUGAUCCUUGAAUUUCUUCAUCUUUCUCUCGGUAGGUGCGCAUACAACACGUGUACGUGUACGUGUCGGUACUGAUUUGGUAAAUUUGUGCGCCUGCUUAAGUGCUUACGUUUCACUUUCAUCGAGUUGAUAGCCUCGUCCCGCUGAUUUACCAAUAGCGACCAAAUGACCGUGGCUACCCACGUACCCAGUACCCAUGUCGUAUUUUCCAUGACUGACAAAAUUACGGCUAUAUUUGAACGAUUCGUGGAUCUCUUUCUGAAAUGCUAUCGCGUAUCGCCCCAUCGUCCAUUUUUAUCGUCACUCGCUAGUCUACGACGAUGUAGGCUACAUCUGUUCUAAUAGACUCGACCCUCAUCAUCAUCGUAUUGUAAAUCGUAUUCUACGCGUACACAGUAAUACUAUGGUACAGUACUAACUAAGUACCACUACUACCUACCUACUGACCAGAAAGUACUCGUACUGUAUUUUUCUCGUCUCGUCUCGUUUAAUCGACCGAGUGACUGAUCAAUAUCGAUGAUCAUUUUUUUACUAGACGUAGGUAGAGGUACCUACGAAGAUACGAGUAAUUACGCCACCUUAUUACGUACAAUACGUCAUUCAUACGAAUAAUUGUCCUUUGUGUAAGACUAUGAAACGUUUACCUACUUCAUAUCCUUAUUUUAUCGUAUUUCUUCGCCUAUUAUUAUUUACAUGUGUUUUAUUUUACUUGAUUUUUUUUUCAAAUUAUCAUUAUUUAUUUACUUAUUUAUUUAUUCAUUCAUUCAUUCAUUCAUUCAUUUAUUUAUUACGAGUAAUUUUUUUUAACAUACACGUAUAAUAAAUUUUUGAAAUGUAA